CAUGUCACCAGUUGGGCUUGAUGAAUUUGGUUUCAAUUGCUAGGUUGUGCGUAGCUACUUCUAUUUUGGGGUUAGAAUUUACACCUAUUCCACGAUGGCAGACAAGGAAGAAGAGAGAACCCGUAUCUGUGACCAGUGUCACAAGGAGGUGGCUGUGUCCAACUUUGCCUUGCACGAGGCCCACUGCCAGCGGUUCCUAUACCUGUGUCCAGACUGUGAUGAGCCGGUUCCCAGAGAGCUAUUGGAGCAGCACCAUCAGAACCAGCACAGCCAGGUGAAGUGCACCAAGUGCGACAAAAAGGCGGAGAGUCGCCAGCUCCUGGACCAUGAGUGUAAGGCAAGGCUGCAGCACUGUGAGUUCUGCCUGGUGGAGCUGCCGCUGUCGGCCAUGGCGGAGCACAGCUUGGCGUGUGGCAGUCGCACCGAGCGCUGCUCCGACUGCGGACGCUACAUCACCCUGAGGGACCAGCCGGAGCAUGGUCAGAUCUGCCCUGACCUCAAUGCUCCCGAUAACCCCUCCCCGCCGUCCUCCAACGGCAGGCGAACAGCAGUGGUUUGCAGGAGCUGUACGAGGUCCUUCCCAUUGGAGGAGAUGGAGGAACAUCAGCUGGAGUGUGACCACACAUCAGAGUCGUCGAUAGGUGAUGAUGAUGAUGAGGAAGAUGGCAGCCACAAACAGGAGCAGGCCAGUCCCCGUUUGACCAGUUCUAUGAAGUCUACAUUGUUCUCAGCCCAAGGCAAGAGGCAGGAGGGGGAAGUUGACCAGAUCAGCACCUGUCCCCACUGUCACCUGGCUCUCCCCGUAGUCACACUACGAUGGCAUGAGGUCAAAUGUCAGAUCCAUGUCAACUUGAAAUGAGAAACAUGCUCAGAACCUCUGAAGGAACACUCCAUGGUGAAUUGGCAUAGUGGAGGACAAGUUAGUGAUGACGUGAUUUAUUUGAGCAAAUUGCAAGUUAUUUUUUGCAGAAAACCUGUAUUUCAGAGGCAGUUGAAUUAUUUCUGGUGAUUGGAUGAGUUGGGUAAUAGUAAGAGAUGAUGACUUAUUACAUUAGUCAGGAUUCUUCUCUCUACAAGAGACAAGAAUCCUAUUUUUACCAUUGUUGUAUAAUUAAGCAAUAAGGCCCGAGGAGGUUUGGUAAAUGGCCAACAUACCAUGGCUAAGGGCAUAUAUCACAAACCCAUGAGGUUAUUAGUGCAGUAAAGAUACAUGUUUUGUCAUACCUGUGGUGUACAUUCUCAUAUGCCACGGCUGUCAGUCAAUCAGCAUUCAGGGCUCGAACCACCCAGUUUAUAACACAUUGUUUACAACAGAAAUACAGUAUGUUCUGAAAAUGGGAAUGUUUUCUCCAUUAAAGUUGUACAUUUUAAUAUUGGUUUACAAAUGUACAUAACUGAUUUACCAACAACAGCCAAAAAGAAAUCGCUGUAAUGCACACACAAGGAGAUUAUAUUUUUCCAUAAUAGGUCCAAAUGCUGUGAGCGUUUUAUCUUCUCCUAUUGUGAUGUCACAAGGUGUCCCUUUGGUUUCACGGUAACAACAAUAAAAGCUAUGAAGGUUCCAGA